AUGCCUGUUUUACGAUCUGCUCUGAAUGGCGCAAGUCUCUCCCCUACUCCCGCUAGCGCAGGGCCGUCCCGUCAAAGACAGUCCCCAGAUCACACCAUUCUCUGCCCCACAUUGAAUGGUAACAUUAUGCCAGAGCUAGAUGAGACGACUUAUGGAAAGACACUUGGACUUUACUUCGGCCUCGGUAAUGCAUUGGCUGAACAUAAACACUUCGAUUCGGCGUUGAAGCAAUAUAGCCACAAACGCUUCAUCGAUGUCCGGUUUGGCUUCGGGUCCGAUACGGAUGCCGACGAUCUGUACAGGGCUAAAGUUAUCGUCAAUCAACGAAAGUACUAUGUCGUGGGCACCUACAAUCAAGGCAGCCCGGAUAUCAACACGGCCUUUGACGCGUACGACUGUACAGAAAUUUUCAAAGGCGAUGUCGUGAUUUUCUUCUACUCGGUGUACGAACCGGAGAGGUUUUUGGAAUCCAUACCACGUUAUCCAACUGGCGAGGAGAAGGAAGCGAUUCGACGGGUCCUAACCGCAUUUUCGAAGAACGUGCGAGGGCACGUAGAGAACGGAAAACGUCUGAGACAUAUUUUCCGAGGCUGA